AUGCUAGUGAUAACUCUGUUUUACCUGGCCACACAGCUUCCUGGAGUUCUAAUGCGAAGCUGUCAAACCACAUUACGGGUACUGGAUUUGUCCGGGAAUGCAUUCGAUCGGUCAGCGCACACGGAAUGGUCCACGUUUUUCAGUGGGACCACGGCACUGGAAUCGCUCCUCCUGGACGGGUGUCACGGAUUAUAUUUCGCUGAGACACUUCGACUGAUCCUGACUGGAUUUGGUCGUCUGAAGCGUCGUCCUACAGCACACAUGCUCCAGCUCCAGUUGAGCAGGCUCACUCUGGGCUCUGUGAUGCACUCAAUGCUGUCCCCGGUGCUUAGAACCGCUAUCGGAUCGGUGAUCACACAUUUGGAUCUAUCCCAGUUCGGCAUUUUUCUCGUCGUAGAUUUUGUGGAGGCCGCUUCCGAAGUGUUUCGAAAUCUCGAGUCCUGUGUCACACUGGAAUCACUUGUUGUGAACGGCCCAUGGCACAAUAUUGAUAACAGACAGCUGGAUAUCAGUGGGAAUCAGGUCGGCUCGGUGGAAAUUGAAAAUGCCACCGAGGAUAGCCCAACUGUGCCACGUAUUCUGACCCGUAUCCUAGCAGCCAGCAAUCAGUUGACCCGUCUGGCUUUUGACAGUAACGAUUUGAGUUUACAGGAAAUAGAGGAUUUAGUUGUGGUGGCCGAGAAUUAUCGCGGUCCGCUAAUCCUUGCCACACCGAUUUGUGACCUCGCACGAGCGAUGGAAGCGGAUUCCGAGAAGUGCAAACAACUGGCGAAGCGCAAGGAUAAGUAA